UUAAGUGGAAAAGUUGUUUACCUACUCGUGGUCGCAAACGGACAUGGAUUCGUCAAAGACGUGUGGCAGGAAAUUUGGCCGGAGUCAUCCAUCGAUGCUAAGGGAGGUUAUAUCAUCAUUUUGCUGUCAGCUCUGAUGUUUCAUUUAUCUGGCUUGCUUUCCUCCAGACUUCAUCCGUCGGCUGCUAUAAACUCACCGUGGCGAUGGAAAAAUAUCAGCAUUUCAUUUCUGCAUUCUCUAAUCAGCGGUCCAUGGGCAGUGUUAUGUUUCCACAAAACUCCAAAGAUGGCAGAAGAUCUAAUAUCAACGUAUUCUUCGUUUUCCUACGUUUUGGUAUCAGUUUCUGUAGGUUACUUCUUGUAUGACAUGCUGGAUAUGAUAGUGUGUCAAAGGACUUGGCAAUCAUUGGAACUUGUAGGACAUCAUAUUGUGGUCAUUGCAUGCUACAUGGUGGCAGUGACAACAAAGCUGUAUGUAGGGUAUGCAGUAGUUGGCCUGCUUGUAGAGUUAAACUCUAUUUUCCUUCAUCUGCGACAGCUUAUGCAGAUAUGUGGUUUUGCAAAGACAAGUGCAUGCUACCGUCUCAACAGCUUACUUAACCUGGGGACAUUCAUAGUUUUCCGCAUCUUGCUUCUUGCAUGGAUGACCAGGUGGAUUGUGAUAAACCGUGACUUUGUUCCACUGAUCUUUUACUCCCUUGGCAGUGUGGGAUUGGCCAUUAUGACCAUGAUGAACAUCAUCCUAUUUUAUCGCCUUCUGCGUAGUGAUUUUUUUAAUAGGAAGGACAAGAUUUCAAAAACAUAAUCGAAUAUGGUCGAAUCUUCUGGGACCUCAUUUCAUGGUUUUACACACUUUGGACUGAAUUUUUUUCCAAAAUUGUCCAGAUGAUAAACUUAAAAAAAAGGAGGAUAAAAACAUCUGGAUCUUGAGAUAAUGGUUACAAUUCUCAGGAAGUGAAAUAAGCAAAGCAUGGAGGUAGCUCAAUAUACAUUUUUAGCAGGAUACUGACAAAAGUUUCUCUGGGUUAUCUUAAUAAGUUUUAUGUUUAGAUGAUUUAGGUGGAAGCAGAAAUUUCAUAGCCUUGCCUGUUGGAAAUAACUGGGGACCAAAAUUUUUUGGAACUAAUAUACAAAAUGAGUAGUUUGUAAUUGAGGAGACUGUUCAGAGUACAACAAAAUUUCCAGACAAACUGGUCUUUUAAACAAUUAAGAAGAAUGCUCAAAAAUAUACAUAAAUCUUUCCGCCAGGAGAAAUGGAAACACUUGAAUAUGGCGAAAAAAAUCAAAAGAUUUUCCAAAUAAAUCGUAAGCUAUCAAGUGCUUUUUGUACAUUCACUUACUUAUGUUAACUAAUGAUCAUCAAAUCAAAUCUACUAUUUUUAAUCAUAGGAGAAGAGCAUGACGGUGUAGGAGAGAGGGAAGUUUUUCAUAAUUUUUCAAACUAAAUAGCUUAGACAACAGUUUGACAAAAAUAUGAAUUAGAAGCAGGGCUUCUGCUAAGGCUAAAUUCUUUGGGGUCCCGGGGACUCCUUCUUCAGAUUUUGAAGGGGUCCCUGUUCUUCGCCCAAAUUUGAAGGGGACCCCAUUGACGAAAAUUGAAGGGGUCCUCCAAACUUUUAAUGCGUACUGUACGCAAUUUUUUGCGUAAGCAGAAGCCCUGAUUAGAAGUAUGAUCAUGCUAUAGCAUGCAAACAUCCCUGUUAUAGAUGUACAAAACUAUACUUCGAUGGUCAGAAAUAAUUGUUUUUUGAUAAAAUGGCAAGUCGAUAAUGUAUCAAAUUAUCCACCAUAAUUUGUAUGUUAUCUUAAUUAUUAUAAUGGUGAAAAACCAACUUUUAUACAAAGAUAGUGAAGUAUAAUAAAAAGACAAUAAUAAUAAAUGCAAAAUUUAUAUAUCCCGAACUCACCCUCAUAAGGAGCAUGCUCUUAGCGCUUAAAAAACAAGAAUGAGAUAUGGACAACAUGCUAGAGACAGAAAAACAAGCAAACAACAUCAGCGACAGGAGAAUAAACAACAGAACUGAUGACAAAACUAAAAAAACAAAGUGGAUGCAAGUAACAAGGACUGAGAGUAUCGCUAAGGCUAAACCUUUACACUCAAGAUAAAAAAUAGCACUCACUAGAGGUUUCAGCAUGUCUCAGCAUACCUUCUUCAACUUAAAUGAAGCAAGUCAAGAAUGCAUAAUAGAGCUUGUUAAUGUUGUGAAUCAAAUAUUUAUUUUUCCAAAUUGUGGCAUUUCUUACAGGAAAAUACUGCAUCUAGGUGAGAAAGAAUUUUAGUGUUUCCUGUGAUUGAUGUUUGCUUGUGAUUUGUGCAUUUUAAUGUGUGGAUUUAUUUUAUUUGAUUGAAAAUGUUAACUAUACUUCAGUCAUAUGUAUACAUUUCUCUUCUCAAAACAGUUUUACCUAAUCACAUUCCUGCCUAAUUUCUGGGCUUAAUUUUUAAAUUUAUGCAACAUUCAGUGAUGUAUACAUGUAGGAACAUUUCAAACAUUUGUUCUUUGUGCAUUAAUGUAUGGGUGUCUACAGGCUUCCACAUCACCCUUACAUCCUUUAGUUAUCAUUUACUAAACCAUAUAGUUGAAAAGGCAUGUUUACAUGAUAGAAAUGCAAGAAACUUGGAACAAUAGAAAGUUAAAUUUGUCAGCUUGUUGCUACCUUUAUUUUCUCACUCCAAGUGUUGUUUUGUGUGUGUGUGUGCUCUGGUCACUUCCAUUUUGUGAUAUGAAAUUUUUGUUAAGUAUGAUUUUGACUUGUGACCUUUGGCCUGGGGAAAAAAAAUUGAGGGUUGUUUUUUGCCAUUUUGUAAAAUUUAAAUUGGAAGAAGUGAACAGUGAUGAAAAUUGAUUUAGAUGCCUAACUGGUAUUUUUCCCUGGUGUCUUCAUGCACUCUGUAAGUAAAAAAAAACUUGCAAUAUUUACAGCAUUAUACUGAAGGCAUUAUACAUAAGUAAAUUGUUGCUUUUUUUGUAGGAUAAAGACCUUUACAUAAGUCAACUGCUUUUGAUGUUAUGCAUGCACAUCAACUAAGUUUGAUCACAUAAGGGAGAGUUGACCAAAUACUACAGAAGCUGUACAUAAUAAUGAAAAAUCUUUUUUGGCCGAGUAAUCUUGUACAAAAUUUAAUUUCUACUAUAAAGAAAUUUGAUUUUCUUGAAAAUGGUUACAACACUUUUAUAGUAAACUUUUUCUUGCCCAACUCAGUCUGCCAGAAAGAUUGUUGGAUAAAAUACUCUAUUCAUGAUUAUCAUUUUAUGACAUUUUCAUUAGUUUCAUUAACAUUUAUAAUUGCUCUAUUUCAUCGGCUGUGUAGCUGAAGACUUUACCUCAUGAAUUAGGCAGUAAACAUUAAAGAUGCCAAACAAAAUUAAUAUUCAAACUCAUACUCUUGUGCAUAAUUCGUGGUCUGCAAGUCAAACUUUCAGGGAAUGGUUUUGGAGAAUUAUUUAAAUUAUUGGUGUCUUAAAAUGUUACAUUGGAUGUCUAUUGCCAAACAAUAAUUUAAUGGUUGUUUUUGAAGUCUACCCAUUACAAGAAAUUGAUUAUUUAAGAAAUUGAUUAUUUUUGUGGCCUUCUUGGCUUGUAAGCAGAACAAUAUUUUUGAUGCGAAAUCUUUGUUUGGCAGCUGCUUUCACCAAGAAGUUUUAGUUUUCAAUUUAUAUAUUUUUCUUGACAUGAUUAAAAUUAAGCUCAGGUGACUGCCUUAAUUUUUGGCAGUGUUUUGAGCAAGAGACUAUUGUGUGAAACUUAAAAACUAUGGUGUGUUUUACCUCAAGAUUUAAUUCUGUCAAGCAGCACAGAUGCCUGAAGGUUGAUCUUGUUUCAGUGUAAAUUUACUUGCUCAUUUUGUUUCAGAUCCAAAUCUAAUGUGUUUGCAUCUUUGUAAUGCUUUUUACAGCCUGCCUUAUAAAGUGCUUGAUUACUUUUCCACUGCAGCUGGGCUGUUUAAAGCAAUAUUGUUUAUAGAAGCAACUUUUUGAAUAUUCAGACUGAUUAUUUUAAGCAAAUGGAAAAUGAUCCCCUUGCUCUGCAUGUGCAUGCAUAUACCACAAAUUUCACAAACAUGAGUGAAUGUUUAAUGGAAGAUUGACAUUUUAAAGGGCUUUGCAUAAAAGGCAUCUAAACUAUAAAAAAUAUAGUUGUAAAUAUAUUACUGUGAAAUGACAAA